AACUGUACGAUUCCCGCCAUUAGUGAAACCCAACUUUCCCUUCAACAACAGAAUCCCUAAAUCAACAACAGGGCCCACAACACCAAAUCACACAAAACCUUUCUGCAAUCCUUAAACUGAAAAACCAAAUCUCAAAAAUGGGCAAAGAAAAGCAAUAUUGGCUGCUCAAAACUGAGCCAGGAGAAUGGUCAUGGGAAGAUCAAGCUUCUAAUGGAGGCAUAACCAAUUGGGAUGGAGUUAAAAACAGGCAAGCUAUAAAAAACCUCAAAGCCAUGAAACUUAAUGAUCUUUGCUUCUUCUACCACUCCGGUGCUAGUGCUCGCCGUGUUGUUGGUGUUGUGAUUGUUGUUAAAGAAGGGUAUCAGACGGAUGAUGAUGAGGUAGUUGUUGAUGUUAAGGCGGUUGGGGAGAUGAGAAGGCCUGUAGACUUGAAAGAAAUGAAAGGAGAUGAAAGGAUGAAGGGUUUUGCUUUGUUUAGGCAGCCUAGGCUGUCGGUUGUGCCAGUUUCCAAGGAAAUUUGGGAGAAAAUCUGUGAGUUGGGAGGUGGGUUUGAAGGUGAUGGGAAUGACAAUGGAGAAGAAGAUUAGGUGGUUUGGUUGCAAUCUGGGUGCUUUUUGUUUGUUUUGUUUUUUUGGGUCUCGUUACAAUGUAUUAAGUUAGUGUUUUGUCACUUUUCUAAAAAAUGGUAAGGUACUAAGGUAGGGCCUUCUGUUACUAAUGCUGUUUAUUACUUGUAUAUAUAAAGAAGUUGUUAUCUUCUUAUUGAAAAUUGUGGGGGUUUAUGAACUGAAAAACACAAUUAAGGUUA